AUGACAGAUUAUCAAGACCCCGCGGCAAUGGACCUGUGUUUCUACCACAGUCAGUCUCCAUUCCUCUCCUGCGAACAGCAGCAAGAGCAGGAACAGGGGCAGGAGCAGCAGCAGCAGCAGCAGCAGCAGCAGCAGCAGCAGCAGCAGCACAGCCAGCAGGAGCAGCAACUGGGCCGAGUUGAAGCUAUUCCCUCUUUCUGUUCCUCUCUGCCGGAUCUCCAAACUCCUUCUGAAAGCACAUGGGGUCAGCAGCUGCAGCUGCUGCAAGAACCCGUGCAGCAGGAGCAGCAACCCGAGCAGCAGCAGCAGCAGCAGCAGCAGCAGCAGCAGCGCCUAUCGCAUGAAGCCCCCAGCCAACCUCUCCAGGGUAUUCGCCAUCCCCUCAUUGACUGCGAAACAGACUGGGGGGCGGUGAGGCCUGGCGCGGCCUUCUCGGACACACACGAGGCCCUGCAGCAGCAGCAGCAGCAGCAGCAGCAGCAGCAGCAGCAGUUCCUGAUGCUGCAGCAGCAGCACGAUCACGCAGAGGCACAACGGGGGCAACAUCACCAGCAGCAACAGCAGCAGCAGCAGCAGCAGCAGCAGCAGCAGCAGCAGCAAGGCAACCGCCUCAAUAUGCCAGCCAGGGGGACAGAUAUCGCCCAUGGGGCCCGGGCCCCUCACCACCGCUCUCAGCAAGCGGCGCAGCAGCAGCAGCAGCAGCAGCGCGAGGAGGAGGCGCAGCAGCUGCAGCAGGAGCAGCAGCAGCAGAUGCAUAACAUGCGGCAGCAGCUGUACAACUACUACCUGGAGGAGCAGCAAGCAUCAGCUCUCCAGCUGCCGAUGCUGCGCCACCACAACGACACAUAUCUGGGUGCUGCAGACCUACAGCAGCUACAGCAGCAGCUGCUGCAGCAGCUCACGCUGCAGCAGCUACCGCAGCACCAGCUACCGCAGCAGCUACAGUGGCAGCAACUACCGUGGCUGCUGCAGGAGCCGCCGCCACCGCCGCCGCAGCAGCAGCAGCAGCCGCCGCAGCAGCAGCAGCACGUGACAGGGUGCACCAUGUGCUCCUGCUGCAGCCCCUUCUUGCCCGUGCCGAUCCCGCAAGAGUUCAAGCAGCAGCACGAGGAGCGGGUGCUGCUGCAGCGCAGCAAGAGGGAGCAGCUGCAGCAGCUAAACAGAGAUAUGCUGCAGGCAGUGAGGACAGACGGCGCAGGCCUCCUGUAUAGGGACACCGAGCAGCAGCAGCAGCAGCAGCAGCAGCAAGCAGCAGCAGCAGCAGCAGCAGCAGCAGCGGCAGCCGGUGGAGCAGCAGCAGGUGCCACAGCAGCAGCAGAUGCGGCUGCAGGAGCAGCAGCAACUGCAGCAGCAGACGAAGCAACGCCAGAGCAGCAGCUGACGCAGCAGCACGACAUGCCACAGCAGCGGGGGCAGGAUGAGAAGGAGGAGGGGGAGCAGCAGCAUGAGCAGCAACACCGGCAGCAGCAGCAAGGAAGGCUCCGGCGUCAGCGGCAGCUUCAGCAGCAGCAGCAGCACCAGGCAAUGCCCCCCAGCAGCCGCGAAAGCAGCGAAAGCAGCAUAGAUGGAGCAGAAACACCAUACUUUCUUUCCUUUGCUGACGAGAGCUGCAACUCGGAGCAGGAGGAGGAGGAGGAGCAGCAGCAGCAGCAGCAUGAGGAGCUGCAACAGGAGGAGGAGGAGCAGCAGCAUGACGAGCAGCAGCAUGAUGAGCUGCAGCAGGAGGAGCAGCAGCAGCACGAUGAGCUGCAGCAGGAGGAGGAUGAGCAGCAGUAUGAUGAGCUGCAGCUGGAGCUGCAGCAGGAGGAGGAGCAGCAGUAUGAUGGGCUGCAGCAGCAGUAUGAUGAGCUGCAGCUGGAGCUGCAGCAGGAGGAGGAGCAGCAGUAUGAUGGGCUGCAGCAGCUGGAGCUGCAGCAGGAGGAGGAAGAGCAGUAUGAUGAGCUGCAGCAGGAGGAGGAAGAGCAGUAUGAUGAGCUGCAGCAGGAGGAGGAGCAGCAGCAUGAUGAGCUGCAGCAGGAGGAGGAGCAGCAGCAUGAUGAGCUGCAGCAGGAGGAGGAGAAACAGCAGCAUGAGGAGCAGCAGCAGCAGCAGCAGCAAAACGACCCCACAGCAGCACCAAGAGUGGCGCACUUCUCCCGCUGCAACGGCAAGACGUGGGCCCUGUGCUACUGCGAAGAAGGCAGGCUGAGGCAGCAGCAGCGCCAGAGAGAAUACCAAGAGGAGCAGAAGGAGAGGUGGAGCCGCCCGCCGCCGCCGCUGCAAGAGCACCAUAGGCUUAUCCUCGACCUCUUGCUGCGCAAGACCCGGAGCAAGGAACAGGAACAGCAGCAGCAGCAGCAGCAGCAGCAGCAGCAGCAGCAGCAGCAGCAGCAGCAGCAGCAGCAGCAGCAGCAGCGGCACGAGCAGCAAGAACAACGGCAACUGCAACAGCAGCAGCAGCCACAGCAGCAGCAGCUGCAGCUGGAGGAGCUGCAGCAGCAGGUCAAGCGGUUGCAGCAGGAGAGUGAGCAGCAUCAUCAGGUGCAGCUGCACCUGCAGCGAAUGCAGCAGCAGCAGAAGCUGGCGCAGCAGCGCCAGGAGGAGCAGCUGCAACGGGACCGGGAGCAGCAGCAGCUUCACAUGCAGCAGCAGAAGGAGGAUCUGCACGAGCUGCAGCGGCACGGGCAGGAUAUGCAACGUUUCCAGGCGCGGCUGGAGCUGCAGCAGCGUCAGCAGCAGCAGGAGCAUAAGCAGCAGCGUCAGCAGCAGCAGGAGCAUAAGCAGCAGCGUCAGCAGCUGCAGGAGCAGAAGGAGAAGCUGCAGCAGCAGCAGUACAAGCAGCAGCAUGAGCAUAAGCAGCAGCAACGGCAGCUGCAGGAGCAGAAGGAGAAGCUGCAGCAGCAGCUGCUGCUGCUGGAAGUGCAGCAGAUACAGCACCAGCUGCAGGAACAGGAGCAGCAGCAGCAGCAGCAGCAGCUGCAGGAGCAGCAGCUGCAACUGCGGCAGCAGCAGCAGCAGCUGGAGCUGUCGCAGGAGGUGCAGGCGGAGGAUGAGGAGGAGCGGCAGCAGGAGAUGAAGCAGGAGCAGCAGGAACUGCAGCAACGGCAGCAGCAACUGCUGCAGCAGCAGCAGCUGCUGCUGCAGCAGCAGCAGCAACAGCAGCAGCUACAGUUACAGCAGCAGCAGCAGCUGCAGUUUCAGCAGCAGCUGCUGCUGCAACAGCAGCAGUUGCAGCAGAAGUUGCUGCUGCAGCGCGACCGACAGCAGGAGCUAUUGCAGCAGGAGCAGCCGAUUAAAAGAGAGCAGCACCAAACGCAGCAACAGCAGCAGCAGCAGCAGCAGCAGCAGCAGAAUAGCAGUUGGAGAGCUAACACAGCCUGCAGCGUGCCUGCUGCAGCAGCAAAUGGCCCUUCGUGUGACUUGCUGCAGCAGCAGCAACGAGUGCCGCUGCAACAAGAACAGCAGCAGCAGCAACAUGAAGCUGUGUUGGCGGCGACGGCCCCAGGAAUGCAGCAAGCGGUGCAGCAGCAACAGCAGCAACAGCAACAGCAACAACCGCAGCAACAGCAACAACAGGGACAGCAGCAACAGCUACGGCAACUGCUGCAAAAACUGAAGCAAUUGCAACAACUGCAGCAGCAGCAACAACUGCAAUCGCAGCAACAACUGCAGCAGCAACAACUGCAGCAGCAACAACUGCAGCAGCAACAACUGCAGCAGCAGCAACUGCAGCAGCUGCAGCAGCAGCAGCAGCAGCAGCAGGACAGGUAUAUACCUGUGUUUCUUAAGCAUUUGGAUGCGGGAUUCGAUAUGCCUCUGCUGCCGCGGUGUGAGUUGCUGCCGCGGCCAAGGCUGCAGCUGCAGCAGCAGCAGUGGAGGCUGCAGGAGCAGCAGCAGCAGCAGCAGCAGCAGCAGCAGCAAUACAGCUUCUUCCCCUCCACCCCACAGCUGUAUUCGCAUGCAGCUGCUGCUGCUGCUGCACCCAAGGGGACCUACAAACACCCCGAAGCAGCAGUUAGUGACCCGGGUGCUGCUGCUGCUGCAGCACACAGUGCUGAUGCUGCUGCUACUGCUGCUGUUAUUCUCGGGUUUGCUAUCCGCCCCCGCUUCUUUACAGCUACUGAGAUGCGUAUGAUGGGUAGAUGUUAUAGAGAGUGGCAGCUGCAGCUGCAGCAGCUGCAGCAGCUGCAGCUCUUGCUGCAGCAGCAAAGCGAGGAGCAUCAGCAGCAACUGCUAGACGCCAGUGGGCCUCUGUCUGCUGAUGCUCUUGCUGCUCUCGACCGCACCUGCACCAUCGCUGCUGAUCUUACUGCUUUCUUGAAGCAGAAGCAGCGGGAGCAGCAGCAGAAGCUGCAGCAGCAGCAGCAGCAGCUGCAGCUGCAGCAGCAGCAGCAGCAGCAGCAGCUGAUACCACCUCACGUGCCUCUCAUGGAGCUGCUGCGGGCCUCUGUUGCUUACUCUGCAGCCCCGCCACAGAAAAAAGAAGAAUGCAGGCUCAGGCUGGUAGCAGCAAAGAACCACGCCUCCAUCCUAAACGUUCGCAGGGGUUGCUGGCAGCAGCAGCAGCAGCAGCAGCAGCAGCAGCAGCAAGAUGCAGCAGCAGAAGCAGACGCUGCUGCUGCUGCUUCCGAUGCUGAUACAGCAAAACAAACACCAACUGAUGCUGAUGCUGCAGCAGCAGCAGCAGCAGCACCAGCAGCAGCAGCAGCACCAGCAGCAGCAGCAGCAGCAGCACAAGCUUCUGCUGCAACAGAAUACGAGUCUCUCUCCUCACCAUCAAACGCAGCCGCAGCAGAAAACGAGCUAGCAGCAACACUAGCAGCAGCAGAAGCAGAAGAAGAAGACGAAGAAGACGCAGCAGCAGAAGCAGCAAUAGCAAAACUAUCUGCUGCAGAAGUAACAGAGCUCGCUUUCCUCGGCUUACUUGCUUCAGAGAGAGUGGGGCGGCAGCAGCAGGAGGAGCUGCUGCGCCAGCAUCUACUUAUUACGGACUUGGAGCAGCAGCAGCAGCAGCAAGAGAA